UGUGUAUGUGUGUACGAAAGUGGUGUGUGUUAUGAAUGGUCAGAUGGUAGAGUGUGUUUCACCUGGCACCCGGUGGCCCUCUCGUCCUCCCUGGCGCCGGUCCUCCCUUCUGGUGCCACUCCUCAACACUCACCUUACACCUUGAUCAUCUGUAGAGAAUUAAGACAGGGACACGUGACUGCAAGAGUAUAACAGAGCAUCAUGGGGGAGCAACGGUUAGCCAAAUGGUACUUUGGUGGUGUGGCUUCUUGUGGAGCUGCCUGCUGUACUCACCCCCUGGAUCUUCUAAAGGUCCAUCUUCAAACACAACAAGUCACACAGAUGGGUGGUGGGCAGAUGGCUGUCCAUAUUGUGAAGAAUCAAGGAUUUUUAGCUCUCUACAAUGGUCUAUCUGCAUCCCUUCUCCGACAGCUUACAUAUUCAACCACACGUUUUGCUAUUUAUGAGGUCGUGAAGCAAAGGAUGUCUGAAGCUUCAGGAGGGCCCCUUCCUUUCCACGAGAGAGCCAUAUUAGCAGGGUUUGCUGGAGCCUGUGGAGGCUUUGUAGGCACCCCUGGAGAUAUGAUUAACGUCCGCAUGCAAAAUGAUAUCAAGCUUCCAGCAGACCAAAAACGAAACUAUAAGCAUGCUUUGGAUGGUCUUGUUCGAGUUGUGAGGGAAGAAGGAAUUCCUCGUUUGUUCCGCGGUGCAUCAACAGCAACCUUCAGAGCUGUUCUGAUGACUAUAGGGCAGCUGUCCUUCUAUGACCAAAUCAAAGGAUUCUUGUUGUCAACACCGUACUUCACCGACAAUCUUACUUGUCAUUUUACUUGUUCUUUGGCUGCGGGUGCGAUUGCAACAACUAUGACACAGCCUGUAGAUGUGGUCAAGACACGUGCCAUGAAUGCUAGACCAGGAGAAUUCAGGGGUCUGUGGCAUAUUAUCACAUAUACUGCAAAAUUGGGUCCACUUGGAUUUUUCAAGGGAUAUGUUCCGGCAUUUGUUCGCCUAGGACCCCACACUAUCAUAACAUUUAUUCUUUUUGAACAGCUACGUAAAAAUUUUGGAAUUCUUAAAAUGCCAGCUUAAUAAAAGUGGCUGUAAUUAGGUACAUGUUUUGGAAUGCAUUUCUUUCUCAAGAAUUUCCAGUCUUAAUAGUACUGUAUUGUAUAUAGAAUUCUACUUAGUUACGUAAAUGUUGUGCAAUUUUACCUUAUGUUCAAGAGAAAUUUAUUCUAAUCAGCUAGUAAAUGCAGUACCUCACUAGUGCUUCCAGAUAAUGUGACAAAUCAAUAAAUUGAGAGUUUUCUUUUUGAUUCCAAGUCGGCAAUGACUAUCAGUAACCAACCAAAGAACAAGAGAUUCAUGUUAGUUCUGGUUGAAACUUCACAAAUGUUUUGUGGCAGAGGCUAGAUGUUGAGCCAUUUAUCUGUCAUGUUCUCAAAUCUGACUUGGAUUUAUAAAGUAUAGUACAAAACAUUAAAAAAAAUGUUUUGCUUUGUUAUAAAAUUUUAUGAGUAUUUCUAAUAAUGUUCUUGAGGUUUAUUGAGGAGGAGAGGAGUUUAAGUUAUUAAACUUUUUCCUCACUUUCAUCGUAUUUCUAAUAUUGUAUUGUUUAUUUUUAUUUUAUUUUUUUUGAAAGAUUCCCUUAGUAACUUACUGUUCCUUACACACUGGUACCACUAAGCACAAUGAUCAUGCAUGCCUUUUGAGACCCACAUUGAACUACUGGCAGUCAGGACCAGAAUCUGGCAUUUUAUUCAAAGUGAAGGGAAAAUGAGAAAUCUACCCAAACUGAGAACAUCCAGAUAGUUAAAACAAAACAAACAACUGCUGUAGGCAUGAGUUAGCUUUCUUGUUUGAUUUCCACUUGUUCUCAUCCCUAGUGUCCUUUGAUGUUCCAUCCAGCCGGUUAGUUUUACCGGUUGUCAGCUUCCUUCUGUCAGUCAAGGUUUUUUAAUUUGUGUGUAAUUACCUAAG